AUGCGCCGCACACGGCUUCCUCCUCAGCCGCCUCUCCCUCCGGCCUCUCACCCCCGUGCGUCCCCGGCUCUCGCCUGCAGGAAAGGCCGCCCACCGAGCACGCCGCCCAGACCACUGCACGCCGCGGGGAUCAAGGCCGCAACCACUGCGGGGCAGGAGUCAAAAGUCCUAGACCGGAGGAGAGUGCAAGGUUUCCCGGCAAGAUCGCAGCACUGCGGCCUCCGGCUGCUCGGCUCCUCCUCCCCUCCACAACACGGAGCGGAAAUGGCGCAAACUCAUCCACUUCCUCCAGUCACAACUGUAACAUGGGCAGGGGGCGGAGAAGACACCCCCCGCGAUGAGGACAACACACGGCCUCGCACACAGCAGAAAAUGGCGCUGAUGUGGCUCCAGGUUGGACAAUGCGGCAACCAGAUCGGACAGGAAUGGUGGCAGCUCCUCAGCAGCAAUGUCGCCGACGCUGACCGGUAUCCAUAUUUCUCCCGCGAUGGACUCAUUAACGCUGUCUGUGUGGACACAGAACCCAAGGUGAUCCGGAAACUGCGCCAGCAAGUGAAGAAAGGAUACUUCAGGGACGCCAAUAUCAUUGUGGGACAGCGAGGAAGAGGAAACAACUGGGCGUAUGGAUAUCAAGGGAUAUUGACCAGUGGAGAGAAGAGUCUGCUGGACCGGACCAUGGAGGCUUUCCGGAAGGAGGUGGAGCGGCGGGACUGUUACAGCGGCACGGUGAUCCUGCACAGCCUGUGUGGUGGCACCGGCUCCGGUAUGGGCUCGCGGUUGUGUGAGGAGAUCCGAGAAGAGUACCCCGCUGGGUAUAUACUGUCUGUGACGGCAGCACCCCAUCAGACGGGUGACUCCCCGCUCCAGCAUUAUAACUCGCUGCUCUGCCUGGCCUGGAUGCAAAGGUUCUGUGAUGGGGUCCUUCUCUUCCAGAAUGACGAGGUGAUGAAGAGAGCGGCCUCUUUAGUGGAGAAGAAGACAUUCACUACAUCUGGGCUUCAGCCUUCGGUCUCCCUCACCUCCAUGAACGCACACGUUGCUUCCUGUCUGGCGGGCCUCCUCUGUCCUGUGUAUUCACUGAAGACCAGGAGUUCGGUGAGUGUCGGCCUGGAGCCCUGGGAGCUGAUCCGCUGCCUGUGUCCAAUGUCCUCCAUGAAGUUCCUCCACACGUCUCAGGUCUGCCGGAGGGGGACGGCCUCGUGGGACAAAGUGACCAGUGCCCUGGUGCAGACCAUCCCCCGAGCCGAUCCCAACGGCCAUCUUCAUCACAGCCUGUCCGCCCUCGCGGUGGCGCGUAACUCUCAGGACUACUCCUUCCUGCUGUCCCGGGACUCGGUGCUGACGAAGCUGCGGCAGGCGUACCGCUGUGUGUCCUGGAACCCCUCCGCCAUCCACUGCUGGACAGACCCCGAGAAUAUUCUGGACCCCUCGUGUUACAGCCAUUCCCUGACCGUCUGCGCCAAUCACUCCAGCGCAGCGGACCUGAUGAGCAGCGUCGUGUCCAAGGCUCAGACCAUGUACGACGCAGGCGCCUAUCUGCACUGGUACCGGCGCUACGGCUGCGAGGACGACCAUUUCCAGAUGUCCUUUGAUAUCCUGAACUCAGUGGUGGAUGAAUACAGGGGGCUGGGGGUCCCAUGAUCAGAUAAUUAGUGAGACGGAGCAGCCACGACUAUGACACGUAUGUGACCUCACCACACGCCUGACGCCGGAUGUCAGCGCACCACACAAGCCUUCAUAGUAAAAUCAAUCACAAGUAAAUAGGAGUCUCCCUCCAUUUCUUAGGCUCCUUUCACACUAGCGUUCAUAGGUCCGUUCGUGAGCUCCGUUUGAAUGGGCUCACGAGCGGACCCGAACGCUUCCGUCCAGCCCUGAUGCAGUCUGAA